GCCCCAGCCCAGCCCAGGCUCCCACCGCAUCAUCACCAACCCCCCCUCUCCUCUCUCUGUCUGCUCUCUCUCUCCCUACUCCACCUCCCCUCAAAAAAUCCAACCUCCUCCCUGCAAAGUGCAAACCCCACACCCAGAUCUACCUAGCCUAGGGCACCGGCGCGGCCCCAAAACCCCACCCCCCACCCGGGCGCGGCGCGGCGCGGCGCGAUGCGGGUGCCGUGCUGCUCGCUCUGCCACGUCCGCUACGACGAGGACGAGCGCGCGCCGCUGCUCCUCCACUGCGGCCACGGCUUCUGCCGCGCCUGCCUCGCGCGCAUGCUCGCCGCCGCGCCGGGCGCCGUCCUCCCGUGCCCGCGCUGCCGCCACCCCACCGCCGUCGGCAACUCCGUCUCCGCGCUCCGCAAGAACUUCCCCGUCCUCUCGCUCCUCUCCGACUCCCCCUCCUCCCCGUCCUUCCUGCACUCCGACUCCGGCUCCUCCGACGACGACGAGGACGACUUCUUCGCCCGCCCCAAGCGCGCCCCUGCGCCCGCCGCCGCCCCGCCACCCUGCACCUCCCUCGACCUCGCCUCGCACCCGGACCUCAAGCUGGCCCGCCGCAUCGGGACCGGCCCGCCUGGCCCCGCCGGCCAGGAGGUCUGUGCCGCCACGCUCUCCCGUGCUGCCCGGCCUGGUGCUGCUGGUGCCAAGAGAUGUAAGCACCCGGUGGCGGUCAAGAGGGUGCCCCUGUCGGCCGCCGAUGAGCUUGAGGGUGUUCAGGAGGAAGUAGAGCGGUUGAGACGAGCCUCCACCUGGUGCCGGAAUGUCUGCACCUUCCAUGGCGCGCUCAAGCUCGAUGGCCACCUCUGCUUCGUCAUGGAUCGCUACCCAGGGUCUGUGCAGGAAGAGAUGCGGCAGAACGGUGGACGCCUCACCCUUGAGCAGAUCCUCAGGUACGGCGCAGAUAUUGCUCGUGGAGUAGCAGAGCUACAUGCAGCGGGUAUUGUUUGUAUGAGUAUAAAGCCGUCCAAUAUUCUUUUAGAUGCAAACGGCCAUGCAGUCGUUUCCGACUACGGUCUUUCUGCAAUUUUGAAGAACCUCACCAGUCGGAAAGUGCCUGAUGACUCCAACAUGUCUGGCAUGGAUGCUACGGUGCUUAGUCCCAAUUAUACAGCCCCAGAGGCAUGGGGACCAUUGAAGAAGUCACUGAAUCUGUUUUGGGAUAGUGCAAAUGGAAUAUCACCAGAGUCAGAUGCAUGGAGUUUUGGAUGCACACUUGUGGAAAUGUGUACUGGAGCUGUUCCAUGGACUGGGCUAAGUGCAGAGGACAUUUAUAAGUCUGUCGUAAAAGAAAAGAAGCCACCUCCACAGUAUUCAAGAGUAGUAGGCGUAGGACUUCCUGGAGAGUUGUGGAAGAUGAUUGGUGAUUGUUUGCAAUUCCGUGCCUCAAGAAGACCAUCUUUCCAGGACAUGCUAAAAACUUUUCUUCGCCAUCUACUAGAAAUACCAAGGAGCCCUCCUGCAAGUCCCGAGAAUGAUUUCACAAAUGUAAGCUUGCCGAAUGGUGUGGAACCAUCACGAACCUCCAUGUUGGACCUCGUUCAUGAUAAUCCGAAUGCUUUACAUCAUCUUGUGUCCGAAGGAAAUGCUGCUGGUGUUAGGGAUCUACUUUCAGAGGCCGCCUCAACGGGAAAUUCUGGUUUAAUUCAUUCCCUCUUAGAAGCACAAAACACAGAUGGAUACACUGCGUUGCAUUUAGCAUGCCGUAGAGGUUCGGCAGAGCUUGUGGAAGCUAUUGUAGCUUACCAAGAGAAUGUAGACAUAUUAGACAGGGAUGAAAGCCCUCCAAUUGUAUUUGCUUUGGCUGCCGGCUCUCCACAAUGUGUUCGUGCACUUAUAAGGAGAUCUGCUAAUGUUAAUUCUAUGCUAAGAGAAGGCCUUGGUCCUUCUCUUGCUCAUAUCUGUGCUCAUCAUGGUCAACCAGAGUGCAUGCAAGAAUUGCUCAUGGCUGGAGCUGAUCCUAAUGCAGUAGAUGGAGAAGGUGAAUCUAUUCUGCAUAUUGCUGUGGCCAAGAGAUAUACUGACUGUGCUAUUGUCAUACUGGAAAAUGGAGGUUGCAGUUCUAUGAGCAUACCAAAUUCCCAGAAUAAGACGCCAUUGCAUUUAUGCAUCGAGACAUGGAACGCCAGUUUGGUGAAAAGAUGGGUCGAAGUUGCAUCGCGAGAGCAGAUAGUUGAAGCGGUUGAUGUACCUAGUCAUGUUGGAACAGCUUUGUGCAUGGCAGCUGCUCUUAAAAAGGAGCACGAGAAAGAGGGCCGAGAGUUGGUAAGAAUAUUGCUGGCUGUCGGUGCUGAUCCUACAGCAGAAGAUGACCCACAUUGCCGAACUGCAUUGCAUACUGCAGCAAUGAUCAACGAUGCAGAAUUGGUGAAGAUUAUCCUCGAUGCUGGAGUUGAUGUAAAUAUAAGAAAUGCUCAAAACACAACACCACUUCAUGUUGCACUGAACAGAGGUGCAAACUCAUGUGUUGGCUUGCUUUUAGCUGCUGGGGCAGAUUGUAAUCUACAGGAUGACGAUGGUGAUAAUUCUUUUCACAUAGCUGCUGAUGCAUCCAAAAUGAUUCGAGAAAACCUGACCUGGGUUGUUCAAAUGCUGGAACACCCAUCACCUGCUGUUGAUGUGAGAAACCACAGAGGUUGGACGUUGCGAGAUUUUCUUGAGAGGCUCCCACGAGAAUGGAUUUCUGAAGAGCUGAUGGAAAAACUUGAAGAUAAAGGAGUUCAUCUCUCACCAACCAUAUAUGAUGUUGCGGAUUGGGUUAAAUUUAGAAGAACAGUUACUUCUCCGGAUUUUGGCUGGCAAGGUGCUGGACCCAAAAGUAUUGGCUUUGUCCAGUCUAUUGUAGACAAUGACCACCUUAUUGUAUCAUUUUGCUCUGGAGAAGCCCGUGUGUUGACCAGUGAAGUUAUCAAGGUCAUCCCAUUGAAUAGGGGCCAGCAUGUGCAGCUCAAAGCUGAUAUUUUGGAGCCAAGAUUUGGAUGGCGUGGUCAGUCACGAGAUAGCAUUGGCACAGUUCUCUGUGUCGAUGAUGAUGGGAUCUUGAGAGUUGGUUUUCCAGGAGCAUCUAGGGGAUGGAGGGCUGAUCCUGCUGAAAUUGAAAGGGUUGAAGAAUAUAAGGUUGGCAACUGGGUCCGGAUUCGUCCCUCACUAACGGUUGCCGUACAUGGCAUGGAAUCUAUUACGCCUGGAAGCGUUGGUGUUGUAUACUCGAUCAGACCAGACAGCAGCCUUUUAUUGGGCCUCUGCUAUCUGUCCAAUCCAUGGCUUUGUGAGCCAGAGGAGGUCGAACAUGUUGACCCCUUCAAGAUUGGACACCAAGUUUGCGUAAAGAGAUCUAUUGCAGAGCCCAGAUACGGCUGGGGUGGUGAAACUCAUCACAGCGUGGGAAAAAUAAUCGACAUCGAGAGUGAUGGUCUGCUCAUAAUUGAUAUCCCUAAUCGAUCUGCACAUUGGCAGGCAGAUCCAUCAGACAUGGAGAAGAUCGAUGAUUUUAAGGUUGGUGAUUGGGUUAGAGUCAAAGCAACAGUCCCAUCCCCAAAAUAUGGCUGGGAGGAUGUGACUCGUAGCAGCAUCGGUGUAGUUCAUAGUCUAGAAGAAGAUGGGGACAUGGGUGUUGCUUUCUGCUUCAGAAGCAAGCUUUUUCUUUGUUCGGUAGCAGACAUAGAGAAGGCACAGCCAUUUGAAGUGGGUGAAAAGGUUCAUGUGUUACCUUCCAUAUCUGAGCCACGCCUUGGAUGGUCAAAUGAAACUGCAGCAACCAUUGGGGCCAUCUCGAGGAUAGACAUGGAUGGCACUCUAAAUGUUAAGGUUUCCGGCAGAAACAGCUUGUGGAAGGUCGCUCCAGGUGAUGCUGAGAGGCUCUCAGCUUUUGAGGUUGGAGACUGGGUGCGUUUGAAGCCAAGUAUUGGGAGCAGACCUACUUAUGAUUGGAACAGUGUUGGAAAAAUAAGCAUAGCAGUGGUCCAUAGCAUUCAGGACUCUGGUUACCUGGAGCUGGCAGGUUGUUUCAGGAAAGGGAAAUGGUUAACUCACAAUACAGACAUCGAGAAAGUACAGCCCUUUAAGAUUGGUCAUCAUGUUCGGUUCCGUGCUGGAAUUUCAGAGCCGAGAUGGGGUUGGAGAGACGCAAAGCCUGAUUCGAGGGGCAUAAUUGCUGGUGUACAUGCUGAUGGAGAAGUAAGGGUGGCCAUCUUUGGUGUCCCUGGGUUGUGGAGAGGUGAUCCUGCAGAUCUAGAGAUUGAGCAAGUCUUUGAGGUUGGAGACUGGGUAAGGCUGAAGAAUAAUGCAGAUGACUGGAAGUCACUCAAACCAGGUAGCAUUGGGGUGGUGCAUGGGAUUGGAUAUGAAGAUGAUGCUUGGGAUGGAACCAUCCAUGUGGCAUUUUGCGGUGAGUUGGAAAGAUGGAUAGGGUUUUCUAGCCAGCUUGAAGAAGUCAGCAGGUUUGUUGUUGGGCAGCGUGUGCGGAUCAGAGGAUGUAUCCGCCAGCCAAGAUUUGGAUGGUCUAAUCAUAAUCAUUCAAGUAUAGGGACCAUCUCAUCUGUUGAUGCUGAUGGGAAGCUAAGGAUUCACACACCAGCUGGUGCCAGGGCUUGGUUGAUAGACCCAGCAGAGGUGGAAAAAGUGGAGGAAGAGGAGGAAGUCUGCAUUGGAGACUGGGUAAAGGUUAAGGACUCGGUUCUAAUCCCCACAUAUCAAUGGGGUGAUGUGAACCACAACAGCAUAGGGGUGGUCCACAGGGCCGGGGCUGGGGAGCUCUGGGUUUCAUUCUGUUUCUGCGAGAGACUAUGGUUAUGCAAAGGUUGGGAGGUGGAGAAGGUUAGGCCCUUCCGGCAAGGCGACAGAGUGCGGAUCCGAUCCGGUCUUGUUGCCCCGAGAUGGGGAUGGGGUAUGGAGACAUAUGCAAGUAAAGGUGAGGUUAUAGGCGUGGAUGCAAAUGGGAAGCUGAGGAUCAAGUUUCGGUGGAGGGACAGACUUUGGGUUGGGGACCCUGCUGAUGUGAUUCUCGAUGAUAUCCCAUCACCGACGGAAGCUUCUAAUGGCAUUUGUUCAUAGCCUUGGGCAUUCUUUUGACCCCAUACAUGAUUUCUUGCUCCCUUCCAUUGUGCACCAUUUCAUAUUUAAUGCAGUGGAGUUGCAAGUUGCACAUAGGUAUCUUCAUCGGAUAGGCAUGGCGGGCUGUAUUUUGCGUGUUGAUAGGCAGGAGGGGAAAGAAGAAGAGAGGGUGAAAACCUUGAAAUAGACAUGAUAACCAGCACCUAGGGUUCUUGCAUGCAUGUAUAAUUAUGCGCCUGACUCGUUUUUUUUUUCUCUUUCAGUGUAUCAUAUAGCAGUGUACAGGUUUGGACCUGAACAUUAAUUUAAUUGAUAGUGCCCCUGUCUGUA